AUGGACAGUAACGUGGAGAUGAAAUUGGUAACAGAGAAUGGCCCCGACGAUAGCUGGGAGAGUCCCGAGAUCCGAAAGCUCGAUCCAUUCGUCUGGAGCGAUGAUUCACGAUUAAAGACUGUGAAGGCUGAAGGGAAUCGCCUUCACGGUACGGGAGUGUUAGCCAAGGCGAUAGGUUGGAGAUUUGGACUGGCAAAACUGGCGCAAGGUUACAUUGCUCUAAGCCCCUAUGGUGGUCCGAGGGAUAUGAGGAGGAACACUUUUUGGGAAACCUCCGUUGGAAAGCUGGUUCGGGUAUAUAACGAAGUCAAGAGACUCUAUGUAGAGGAUCCAAGUCUGCGAGGGAAAAUAAUCUUGACCGAAUUCAAUGGCUUCACCACCAUGGAGGCCGGGGUGCUGGUCUACCGAACAUUCCAGCAAAGAUGGCAGGAUCUAGUGAUGGCCCCAGGCCGCGACGUCAUGACUACAGGGGAAGAGGACGACGGCGUUUACGUGUCGAGCGGAAACCUGUUCGCGGCGCCAACGAUUGCUUGUCUUGUGGCGUACUGGCGCGGGCUUCUUGGUAUCAAAAACGGCUGGGACGAAGAGCUAAAGAAGCCUGCCAACGUCAAAAAGCUCCUUAUGUAUAUGCAUCGGCCACUUUUUCCUGGGAACCGUGUGGACGGCCUUGACGAAUCCAAGGUUGGCGCUAAUAAGAACAAGCCGAAAGGCCGGGACCUGGUGCCUUCAGCGACCCCAUCACCUUUCAGACGGGCUCAGCAAAUGUCACCUGCGCCCCGGAAUCUCCAGGAUGCGGUUCCCUCUGCACCGGUUUCUAUUGCGGCUCGACCGCCACAGCGAACUCAUCGACCACCUUGCCACCGACCACUAUGA